GCCCUCACACUGUGCUGCUGGCCGCUGCUUCUCCACCAACCAUCCCCCAGCUGAGGCACUGCAUGGGUCAGGCCAUCUGCAGCACAGGGAGGUGCCCUGACCCGCUGCCCCACAGGAUGUCUCAGCACAAAGCCGCCCUGAUCCACACCAAGGUGGUGACGGGCAGCUGGUGCUGUGUGCUGCCCCGCUGUGAGGACGUGUCGGAGGAGCUGAGCGAGGAGGAGUGCAGCAUUGCCCGGAGGGCACAGCGCGUGGCACUGGAGGUGCUGGAGGAUGCACUACGCAAGGACCGUGUGCUGAUGAGGAACCUGAAGGAUGUGGUAGUGCUGACUGGGGAGGGAGGAGAAGGCUGGGUGGAGCGUUACGCCAUGCUGACUGAGCGGCUGCUGCGGAGCCUCGUUGCACAGCUCCAGCAGGCAGCCUUCCUCAAGAACCCGCGGAAGGCUGGCUCCUAUGCCUACGUCAAGAAGAAUGCAUGGGACCGCACUAUCUACCUGUGCCCGCUCUUCUGGCAGGCACCCAGUGAGCUGCAGAAGGACUCGCAGCCCGGCACACUGAUCCAUGAGGCUUCGCACUUCCUGGGCCUGCAUGACAUCACUUAUGCCACAGCCAGCUUCAGGGCGGGCGGCGGUGGCACAGCCAUCUGCACAGACGGGCACAUGCCCCUCUCCGAGACCCUGCGGAAGGCGUUGCUCAACGCCAACAGCAUCGAGUAUGAGUUCGAGAUCGUGCUGAGGCACCGGCAGCCCUAUCAGGGUGGCUGCUACGCCUGCUGCGGGGAGACGGCACGUAGCUCUGUCUGCGAGAAUGCACUGCCCUGGUGUGGGCCGGCCUGUGGGCCCCAGAGCACGGCUGCCAGCACUAUCGGGGACAUGGUGCAGCUGGCUGUGCUGCCCACCCGGGAUGCCAUGCGGAGAUGCCUGUGGGACAUGCGAAGAGUGGCAGAAGCCCUGAGCCAGUGCCAGCGGGCUGUGCUGGUGGCCAACAUCACCGGCGGGGUGGUGAGUGUGGCAGGGGGGGUGGCAGCCAUGGCCGGGCUGCUGCUGGCCCCUGCUGCAUUGGGUAACGCGCUGCUGUUGGCAGCGGUGGGUUUUGGCAUCACCAUGGCUGGGAGCAUCGCCAGCACUGCCGCCACCAUUAGCAGCAGUGUGGGCUGCCUGGUGAGGAAGGGCAAGGCUGAGAUGCUGCUGGAGAAGUUUGCUGCACAGGCACAGGUGUUCACGGGCUGCCAGGAGGCUGUGGAGAGGGCACGGACGCUGCUGGAGGCUCUGGGGCAGGAGGAGAACCUGGAUGUCAUCCUGGGGGUGUUCCGGGUGGUAGUGGGGCUUGGGCGCAGCAUCUUCAAUGGCAGUAGAGCUCUCAGAGUCAGCACAGUGCUGGCAGGGGCUGGCAAUGCCACCAUCCUCGCCGGGACAGCCUCCUAUGUUCUGCUCAGCCUCUGCCUGGCCCUGGACAUAUUCUUCAUCACCAAGGACUCAGCACACCUGCACCGUGGCACAUGCUUGGAGCUGGAGGGGAGAAUCCAUGCAGCCACAGCCAUGCUGGAAAGGGAGUUUGGUGCCAUUGAUGAGUUCUGCGAGAAAAUCAGGCUGAUCCUGGAGGAGCAGGAGUGAAGGCUGGCACAGGGCUGAAUCCCACACCUGGUGCUCCUGCCCAGCUGCUGGAGACGAUGGGAGCCCUCCAGCAGCUUUGAGUGUGCACAGAUUUCCAGUAAAACUAUUGUGCUUGCUGCCAUUAGCACUCUGCUCUUUUAAUUCUGUUGCACCCUAAAGGGCACAGGGCAGGCCCAGAACUCACCAGCUGGACACCCCGCACUGCCUCUCCCACAGGCAUUGCUGACCCCUGCAGCUGCUCCUUGUCUGCACUCUGCCACAUGCUCCCAGUUCUCCACACCCUGUACUAAUAAUAUAGUGCCCAGCAGCCACCUACCAAGAGCAUGUAGUGCCCUUUUGGAAAGCUGCGGUGAGGCAGCAACGCCUUCAGAAAAUCCCCUGGAGGAAAGCUGUGAGCAACAGAGAAGUGUGUUGUCCUGCCCUGUGUGUUGCUCUCUCUGCAAUUGCAUGCAAAAAUACAGUACACAAAUGUGCCACUGACACAUGAAUGGGCAAUUGCAAAAGUCUCUGUUUGCUCGAUCGUCACAGCUCGGUGACAGCUCAGGGUUUGUUUUUGCAGCCAGCUUCACCUGAUGCCGGCUUGCCGCAUUAACAUGAGAUGUUCUGUUGGCUGAUCAAACUGGGCUCCUCUCAGAAUGAAUGUAUCUGUAACGCACCUGCGCUGGCCUCACUCCCUUCUGUCCCAGAUUCAAAUUUAAGGGGAAUUAAGGAUGUGCUCAGGGAAGAUCAAAAAUAGCAAUAUUCAGAGCCUGCUGGUUGCUAGCAUCCAAACUGUAACAGCCCUGCAUUUACACAUACGUGUCCCUGCAGUGUG